UUAAAGGACCGAGUCACUGAGCUAGCAGUGAGUACUACUCCGUAUUUAUUAGCCUACUAAAAUGGACAGCAGUGGAGAUGCUUUCUGAGACGGACGACUAGGCAAUGGCGAAGAAAAAUUCGGAGUCCCGUGAACAACCACCGGAAUCAUCAGCAUUUACCGAUAAAAGUUCUUCAAAUUCAUCCGAAGGAAAAAUGGUGCUGAGAGUAAGGCCGCCGCGUCAAUUGAGGCACCCCGGAGAAGAACAGAGCAGAACAUCCUCAGCAAGAAAGCGUAAAACGACGGCGAAGAAAGUCUGUAAAAUAGACUCCAAUACGCCUAAGAAACCUCCAACCGCCUUCUUCUUCUUCUUGGAGGACUUCCGUAAGGAAUUCCAGCAGAAGAAUCCGGAUGUGAAGUCAAUGCGCGAUGUUGGGAAGGCUUGUGGAGAGAAGUGGAAGACAAUGACUUAUGAGGAAAAAGUUCAGUAUUAUGAUAUUGCUACAGAGAGACGAAGAGAGUUUGAUAGAGCUAUGGCAGACUAUACCAAAAGAAAGGAAAAUGGGGAGUUCGAAGAGUAUGAAGAUGACUCAGAAUAAUGAAAUCUAGGUGGGCGCCCCCUGUCAACGGGCUACAGUCGCACUUCGGAGUUCUGUGCAAAAUUUGUGUAUAUUUUGUCACAAUGACCUGUAACGGCAACCGACAAUAUUGUAAGAUUGUUUGGUCAAUAGGAUUGGUUUGACACUAGUUUAUUUUGCAAAGAUCCAGUAGCGUAUGUAGUAGCAACUGCUAUAAAGUGCACUUUUGGUCUUUUCUGGAGAUGCUACUCUCCAUUAGGGUAGGUUUAUAUCCAUGUAGGGUAGGUUUGGGAGUUUUGGGUAAAAGGGAGGGGAAGACUUUGAAGGUAAGUUGUUGGAGGGAAAAUUGGAAGGAAAGGUGAGGAAACUUUCAUCUUAUUUGGGAGUAGUAAAUUUGGAAAAAGAGGUUCUUAUAAUUAAACACUUUUGAGAUU